UCGUCGACGAGUCAUCGUUAGUGCCGAUGAGAUUGUCGGUGUGUCGGUCGUUCUUGUAGUUGCCGCUGUUUUCCACUAACCGUGCGCGCAGAAGAAUCAUCCAAUAUCUUUUCAGGCGUCGAGUCGUCGCGUGUCAUCGUUGUAUCGAGCGAGUACUCGGCAAGCGAAUCGAGCAAUCGCGAGAACACGAUGAAGGAGCUUCUGCUCGCGCUCAGCGCGCUUCUGGCUGUAUCUACAGCUAGUGUAAUUAUAACAGCUGAACAACAAGAUCAUCGGCCUAAUUUGGGCACAGAGGAGUGCACAUGGGGUCCAACUUAUUGGUGCGAGAAUCUAAAAACGGCCAAGGGAUGCAACGCUGUCAAACAUUGCGUCGAACGAUAUUGGGAAAAGAUGGAAGUCCCGGAGGAUACCGACAACGUGUGCGGGAUUUGCAAAGAAAUGGUGCAACAAGCGCGGGAUCAGUUAGAGAGUAAUCAGACUCAGCAAGACUUGAAGGAUGUUUUCGAGGGCAGUUGUAAACUGAUUCACAUCAAACCGAUUGUCGACGAAUGCAUCAAGAUCGUGGAUGAAUUCGUUCCUGAACUUGUGGAGACGCUAGCGUCUCAGAUGAAUCCGUCUGUAGUUUGUUCCGUCGCGGGUCUCUGCAACAACGCGCACAUCGACAAAUUGCUCGCGGAACAUCAGGCGAUGCUAUCGAAGAAGGACACAACCAAGUCGAUUUUAUUGAAGAAUGAUGAACUUGAACCAGAUGAAUGUACUAAAUGUUACACGAUAACGAAGCAUAUGGAAAAUAAAAUGCAACAUACGUCACGAGACACGAUGUUUUUGCGGAUGUUACACAUUUGCGGCGAAUUUGAUUCUUUUUCGGACGCCUGUGCUAAUAUCAUCAUAUCGAAUUUUGACAACAUUUACGAACAUAUACGGAAGAAUUUUAACGCAGACAACAUAUGUCAUCUAUCAGGACAAUGCAGCGGCAAAUAUCACAAACACGAGGAUGAUACUGAUGCGAUUCCAAAAGUAGAGAUAACACCGUUGUCGAGUGUAGGCAUGGUAGAAGUUGACGAUGACCUACCAUGCAAGCUGUGCGAGCAACUUGUGGGUCACCUGAAGGAUCUUCUGGUUGCGAAUACGACGGAGAUAGAAUUUAAACAUGUUCUCUUGGGCCUUUGCAGGCAGACAAAAUCUUUUGCCGACGAGUGUGGGGCCAUAGUCAGUCAGUAUUACUCAGAAAUUUACGAGUAUCUUACUAAAGGACUAAAUAGCAACAUUAUCUGUCAUAUGACCGGAGUUUGUCCUUCUCCAGACAAAAUGCCGGGACCAAUUUGGCCUCUGGUCUCAGAAGAAUCCGCACGAAUAGGAUUAAAUAUAAUGAAUAAUAAUCAACAUGAGAGGGAAGUUGCUAUUGGUCAUGAACGCCCGAAAUCGGAGGCCGAAGAGAUGCAAUUGCCACUUGAGAGACUAAUGCCAUUUCCUCUGCUGCAACCUGAAAGUAUAGAAGGAAAGGAAGCGUGUGCAUUGUGCGAAUAUUUGUUGCACUAUAUACAAGAUACUAUUUCGAGUCCUACCAAUGAGGAGAAGGUGAAACAAGUCCUUGGAAAAAUAUGCCGAAAGUUACCUAGCAUUGGGAACAAGUGCCAAGAAUUUGUAGAUACUUACGGAGACGCGAUUGUGGCCAUACUAGUUCAAGAAAUCGAUCCUGCACAGGUAUGCCCAAUGUUACACGUUUGCCCGUCGAGAGAAUUAUUGCAAAUGUGGGCGCAGAUCCCUAAGGGAUUCCUCCUUCGCGAGAAGGUAGAGGAUAAACCAAGUUGUCCGCUUUGUCUACUGGCAGUGACGCAAAUUUACAAUGCCAUCAAGGAUAACAAAACCGAGGCUACUAUCGAGGCUGAAUUGGAUAAACUGUGUAAGCACUUACCAAACAGUCUGACUGACCAGUGCUACGAUUUCGUGAAAUCAUACAGCAAGGAACUCGUAGAUAUGUUGCUCGCAGAUUUGACACCUCAAGAAGUAUGUGUCUACCUUAAAUUGUGUGAUGCGACCAAAGACGCUGGUCCAAAGCCAGUUUCUCUCAUGGAGAACGAUGGGGAGAUUCUAACUAAUGAGAUACCCGACUAUCCGCUAACCCUCGCAAAACCAAAGAAUGUAAUAGAUAACGGAUUGUGCGUAGUUUGUGAGUACGCAAUGCAAUAUAUUGAUCAAGUGAUUGGUAAGGAAAAGAAUCGAGAAAAAAUCGAGAAGAUGGUGCAUGGUGUAUGCAAUCACUUGCCAAAGUCGCUUGCCUCGGAGUGCAAUCAGUUUGUGGAUAAGUACGCUGACGUUGUGAUAACUAUCCUCUCACAGGAUGUCAGCCCUAAAGAAGUCUGUGUCAUGAUUGGCCUUUGUAAGAACAGCUUGCCGCAUGUUAGAGAAUCUAUAGUGGGAUGUGCUCUAUGUCGAGCGGUUGUAUCGCAGAUUGAUCAUGACUUGGGCGACCCAAAGGUCGACGCUAAAAUCGAGGAUGCCGUUCUCAAUGUGUGCAAACGCCUACUACCGCACCAGUACUCUAUGUGUAACACGAUGGUGAAAACUUAUGGACCGAGUAUGAUCAAUAUGCUGAAGAACCAUGUAGACAGUGAGGAGAUAUGCGACAAGAUCGCUUUGUGCAUUAGGGAUGAGUACGUCGUGGCGUCGUUAAAUGGUAAUUCACGCGUGUUACGAUCGAUCGAUGGGCUCAAAAUGUGUACAUGGGGCAAAACAUUCAUAUGCUCAAACGAGGAUGUAGCUAAGCUUUGUAACGUUAUGAAGCAGUGCGAAAUUUAUCUUAAGAGCGACGAGGUCGCGUAAAUCGCAUGUGUCGCGCGAGUGAAAACAGCUGUAAAUCGGAAGAGAAGCCAUCAACAGUGAGAACGGAGAAUGACGUACUGUUCCCAACUGGAAGUUGGGUAUUUUAUUGAAGAUUCUAACCGUAGCGACUAGAUCGUAUCUCACGUUAUAUCAUUAUAAGGGUGAUUUGUAUAAUCCUUUGUUGUAUCAGAGUAACAUCGACUUGUGUCGACGCAUUAAAUGUCGCGCAGUCUUCCUCGCAGCAAAUAUUGCGCUUGGUACGCAUACGUUUAAAUUGACGCUACACAAAGUUUUUAAUUAUUAUUAGCAUUCUGCAGGAAAUACCUUUUCUUCCACUAUGUAAAAUAGGAGAAAGAGACAACAUCGCAAUAUUAAGAAGACAUUAAAAUUGUAUAUAUAGUUUUCUCUUUUUCUUCAAAUAUAUUCCAGGAAUAGAGAUCUGUUGUAUCAUCUCGAGUUCAACUGUGAUAAUGGUAUAAUAAAGAAUAUAAAAACUACCGCUGUAA